AUGGCUGCCGAGUUCUCCUCCGACAUCAUCUUCGAAAUUUUAACCAGGGUUUUCCUACAGACACUGGGGAGGUGCAGGGUGGUCUGCAAGCAAUGGAACGCCCUGACGUACGAAUCAAGUUUCAUGCACGACCACCGCCAGAGGACGAAAGCGGUGUCGGGCUACUUCAUACAGGAACUCAGCAACAACCUGUUCUCGUCGGUGUUUGUGUCCAUUGACGGGCUACAGAAGUUCUCCGACGGUUGCUCCGCCCCAUCGCUCGAUUUCUUGCCUGCCAAGCACAUGCAGAUUGUUGCGUCGUCGUACCAAGGGCUGCUUUGUUGCGUGAACCAGCAGUCGCCGGCGCACAUAAUACCCAAAUACUAUGUCUGCAAGCCCUGCACCAGGCAAUGGCGGGCCAUCCCGAACCCGAAAACCCGAUACUUCACGGAUCAAAUCGCCAUGAUAGUAUUGCGAUCCCAUCCUCUCCACUUUAAGAUUGUUCGUCUCUCCCGACCGAAGAUUCUGUUUAAAUUCUACUACAAUCUCCGGUGUGAGGUAUUUGAUUCGGAAAAUUGGGCUUGGAAGCAAUUAGACGAUGUCAAUUUGCCUUAUUCUGUCUUUCUGCAAAAUGAACCCGCGGUGGUGGUCGGCGGGAUGAUCCACUGGCUAACCACCCACGAUCAUCUCCUCACUUUCCGCCAUGACUCCGAGAGUUGGUCAAUGGUCCCGGUGCCACAUCCUUUGUACCAGAACAGCAGAGAGUAUAUGUAUAUCUUGGAGUACAAAGGGCGGUUGGCGAUAGUAAGCGAUGGAGGAGACACGCGCAUGGAGCUAUGGGUGGCGGAGGAUUACGAGAAGGGAGUGUGGGCGAAGAAGCAUUCUCUCAGCAUGGAGUCUGUGAUGGAGAUGGAUCCCUAUCCAAGACCUAUGGAUUUCUACAAUUCGGAUGUCGUUCUCAUGAUAGGUUAUUUUAGGUUAUUAUUUUGCAAAUUUCAAGAUCAAAAUUUUAACUCCAAUGUGACUAGCGUGAAUGUGGGGAUGCUUCCUCGCCAUAUUUUUUGCUUCGGCUCUGACUGGGAGUUUACUGAUUUCAACACCAAGCCUAUUUGUUAA